GGGAGGCCGUGGUGCGGGCGGCCCGGCCUAGGGGGGCUCUUGUGUCGGAAAGGGAGUUCUGGUUCCUCUUCAGGGCUGUCUGUGACCGGGCCGGAGACAGGAGAGCUGUGAGGUGCCAGCCGGCACGGGCCUCAGCGGAGGCAAUUGUGUUCUUGUAUUGGAAAAACUGAGUUGGUGAAUUGCAAAAAUGCCACUGAGGAAUGAGAUGCAGUUCGAAAAGCUAGUUGAUGAAGCUACAGUAAAAAAGGAUUUCCGAUCCUUAGAACAAUUUCUGGCCACAGAAGAAUGUGAAAAUGUCUCCCAUAAAUGCAGCAAACAGUUUGUCAACAAACUGGACAAGCUUCUGUGUUGGGCACUUGACAAACAAGAAGUCAAAAUCAUUUCUACUUUACUAAAUGCUGUUCAGAAAUGUGCGGAAAAAAUCAUCAUAGCAGGAGAAGAUGGGCUCCCAGCAAUGAUAAAACACGGUCUUGUUGGAAGGAUGGUCAAUUGGUUUGAAAAGUUAAAAGGAAUUUUAGUCCUCAGAGGAAAUGAAGAUAAUGAAAUGCUUACAAAUCUGGCUGAAGAUUUCUUCAUCGUGUUGCUGGUUGUGUGUGAUAGCAGACCUGAAGGUAAAAUGCAAAUACUAGAGAACUUUGUUCUGAGAACAUGUUCCCUCAUCACUGAUACAAGAAUUAAUAUUUAUGUUCAGCAGGAGGUAAUAAAAAAACUGAAUGCAUUGCUUGACAAGAUGCCUCGAGAUGCCAGGAAAAAGAUGCUUUCUACAAAGGAGAUGUUACUUGUCAUGGGUGAAAUGGGGAGGACGAUUUUGGAUGCUGGAGACUAUGACAUGCAAGCGGCCAUCACAGAAGCUCUGUGCAGAAUGGUGUCAGAGAAGCAAAGGGGACUUCUGGCCUCCCAGUGGUUUCCCAUGGAGUUUGUGUCCACUGCAUUUAAAGGAAUUAAAGAUUCAGAGUUUGAGACAGAUUGCAGAAAAUUUCUUAACCAGGUGAAUGGCAUGCUUGGAGACAAAAGGAGGGUUUUUACAUUCCCAUGUUUAUCAGCAGUUCUUGAUAAGUAUGAGCUCCAGAUACCAUUGGAUGAAAACCUGGAAGAGUUUUGGAUUGAUUUCAACAUUGGCAGCAAAAGUAUUUCCUUCUAUGUGGCAGCAGAUGAUGCAGAUCUUCAGUGGGAAACAGUUAUUAUACGAGAUGAUGAUGUCAGCAUGUACAGCCUGGAAGAAAAAGAUUCAAAGAAAUUAUUAACAAUUGAUCUAAAAAGGCCAAUGAUUGUGGGCACUAUUGAAGGAGGGAAAGUUCUUUUAUAUUUUGAUUCUAUCUUGGAAAUCAAAGAUGUGACCAUAAAGAUUUAUGGAUUUCAUAAAUGUAAGGAUUUCAGCAAGAAGCAGUCUGCAUCAGUAGCCAAAACAACUGUCCACGUUGUCUUUGAUGAAAGUGGAUCACAGGUUCUGCUACCAGAAAGUCUGUUGUCACCAGGUUUGAAAGGGAAAUCUGGAGAGGAGAAACUCAGUAAAUAUAAAACUCAGCAACCUCCAGGUAGUUUGAGGACUCAGAGUAAAAACAACAGCCAAGAAAAACUCAGAGGUGAUUCCUCCAAGGUAACUCCAUCCCGUAAAAGGAAAGUGUCUGAAGCAAGUGUGCUUAUUCCUAGAACUACAAGUGUGUCCACAAGGAGUCCACUGUCUUUUGUCAGCACAUCCACUCCUUUUAAAGGGAGAUAUAAAUUGCCUUUGGAAAUGACCAGGUCUACUAAGACAUCUGACAAUGAUGCAAUAAAUGAGAGCAGAACAAAGAAUUUCCAUCAGGAACCUCCUAGACAAAUGCAUUCUGAAGAAGUCUCAAAAAUUGUACAAGAGGCCACAGAAAAGCAAACUUUGGAUGAAGUGUUAGAUAUUGUUCCUGAUUCUCAGCCAGUUGGGAGAAGCAACAAACCUUUGCUGCCUGGUCUUUCAGAGACUUCUUUUGAUAAAACUGAAACAUGGAAAAAAAGAACAUUCCCUCUUCCUGAGCAGAAUAUAACAACUGAGGACAAGCAAAAGCCAAAUCCAUCACUGGCACAUGCAUCCCAUCCAGCCAGAGUGUCUGACACAUCUUUGCAUUCUGAUCUUGCACAAGAGGACCCUGAUGUUCUCCUCAGAAAAGAGACUGCAAAUCCAAAAGAGUCAAAGACAAAACCAAAGUCUAAAGAAAUGGCAGAUACAGCCAAAUCACUGAUCAUUAAAAUCAGUGACAGAUACAGAGACAAGAGCAGUGAGAAAAGCAAAGCAAGAGAUUCCCUGUGCUUUAACAGGACACAUUUAAAUAAAUCCUGGAUUUCCAAGGAAGAAGUUCAGGACAGGACCACAAAAACUGCUUCUUUCCUCAAUAUAACUACUAGUCACGUUCUGGAUGAUGCCUACAACUUUAACAUCAGUGGGCUUGAUGGGCCUACAAUCAAGCUUGGCAGGAGUGAAUUGGGGAAGGUUGUGAAGCAGAUCCAAGAAUUGCAUGUGACUGAACUGAGUGUUCAUACAGAGAUAAACAAAAAAGGGAACACAACCAUCAGUAAAUCCAGCACAGAAGGGAAGGGAGGAAAAAAGACUAGAAACAAUCGAGACAAGAAGCAUCUCUUUAGUGAUUCAGACACAGAAAACAGAGGGGAUGACAGCAAGACAGAGAUUAGCUGGCUGGAGGAAUCCAAGAGGAAACCUAAAGCCCGGAUAAUCGACUACAGUAGAAGUAAAAAAUCAGGGAAACAAAUGAGCACAAACAAAACAACAGAUAAAUCCGCUAAACCUGCUUACCACAUGGAUAAAGCUAAAGACAAAAAUACAAAUAAGAAAAAGGUAAACAAAUAUAAACCACAGAAUUCAAAGACAGAUGAAAUGAUAGUAAAAUCCACCAGAAUAAAACUCCCUCGAAGAGCAGCAGCAGCAACAAAAAAUUACAAAGAGCCUUCUAGUUCUGAGUCUGAGAUUGAAGAAAACAUUCCAACAUGCACCUUUAAGGAGGAGAAAUCCAAAAUACAGAAACAUAUGAAUGGGGCAGACAAGGAUUACAAGCUGCCAAAGGUACUGCAGAUUGUACCUGUGGAGCCAAAGAGAGUGGAUAGCUAUGUGCAGAAAGCACUGGUCAAAUCCAGGAAUUCUGCAGAGCAGAAAGAAGUGGAAAUGCCUUCAGCUGAGAGCCCUGCCUCCAUUGAGACAAUAAGAUGUGCUGAGGGAGUGUCAGGAGAUGUCAGUCCAGAGCACGGCUCCAGUGAGAGGUUGCUUAGUCUGCAGGACUCAAUACCAGAAGACAGGGAAAUGCUAAACUCUGAAAAAGGAAGCUCUCCCAAUAAUUUCUGUCCACAAAACAAGAGUAUGGAAAGUCUGGAUGUAAUUCAGUCCCCUGAGAGAGGAGUUACAAAGUUGAUAUUUGGAAGGAAAAGCUUCUCACCAGUUUUAACUGAAGAAUCUUUGCUCAGCUUAACCACUUUUAAAACUGUCAGUGGCAAAAAUUCCAAGGGAACCGCUGAAGAAGCCUGUAAGAAUGAUGAAGAUUCAAGUUUCCAAUGUUGCUUUUCAGACACGUUUUCUGUUAAAGGAAAGCUUCAGGAUAUCACUAAACCUAUCCCCAAAAAUAAGGAAGAGCUCAGCUUAACAAUGUAUAAAGCUGACAGUGGAAAACGUGCAAAGGGAGCUGUGCUGGAAACAGAGAAAAACAAUGAGGAUUCAAGUCUCCAAUCUCGCUCUUCAGACACACUUUGUGCUAAAGGCAAACUCCAGGAUCCCACCAAACCUCUCACCAAAAGUAAAGAGGAUUGUGUAGCACCAUCCCCAUUGUGUGCUUCCAGCAGGAGUAGACUACAGCCUUGGACUAAAGAACCUUAUUCCCUCAUGAAUGAGUCAGGACCCAGUGUACAGACACUCUUCAAACGAACUUAUCACAGUUCCACAGAAAGCAGCUCUGACGAGGCAGAAAUAAGCAAAGAGGAGAAAAAGAAAGGAAGGAGAAGAAAAAGUUUACAGCCCAAAAAAUUAUUUAAAACAGAUGAUGAUGCUGCUUACAGAGUGUCUGAAAGUAUCUCCACUCAAUCUGUAAAUGACCUGUCUGGUUUGGAUGGGGAUUUCUGGGGGCCUGAUUGCUCAACCAUCAGCAUUUGUCAACAGCUCCAGAAAGAAUUUACCAAGAAAAUUGAGAACCGCUCCCGGAAAAUGGAUAAUUUUAAUAAGCAAACACUGAAAGCUGCCCAUGAGCAUUUGGCAACAGUGAGUUACCAACUCCAUGAAUGCAGGAUCAGGCAGUUGGACAAAUUUCAUUUUACUCUCACUGAGGAACUUGAGAAGUUUGAAAAGGACUCUCAGUCCCUGAAGAUCAUGGAAAAAGAAUUCUCGACCUUUUGGAAAAAGCAUUCCCACACUUUUAGUACAUACAUGAAGAAUGAGCAGCAGAGAAUUCAGAUUCUGAAAACUUCCUUUGAAAAGAAUAUCUACCAUUCUGUUGACUAUGAAGAAGAUGUUUUUACUUCAGAGAUGCAUCUGUUGAAAGAAGACAUAAAAGGACUCCAAGAGAAAUUUCUAAAAGAAAUGCAAGAAGAGGAGCUGUGUAACGUUCGCAGGGGAUUGCAGACCUUGUUUCAAUCAAAGGCAGAAUUCUGAAGUGGUUUUUCAGAUUCCUUCCUGAAAUUCAAGCUAGUGACAGGCACUGCAGGCCUGUUUCCCAUUGGGAGGAUGAUGCCCGAGAACAGCCUCCCUGAGCCAAAUGUGCCCUCUGAGGUGUGAUCCCAAAUUCCAGCAGGAACCAAGCACAGUCCAUGGCCCAGGGAGUCCAGACACCCCCACAGACCCCCCCCAGCAGCAGGCAGGCAGUGCUCAGUGCCAGGGGCCAGCAGCUCUGGAAUUGUCACAGGCUGUGCCUCCCCCAGGAGCAGAGCAGAGGCUGGGCUGGCUAAGAAGGAACCACUCAGAGCGACCCCAGGUGCAACAGUGACACAGCUCAAGGGCAUUGUUUGACAUUUAAAAGCUGCUCUAAGUUACCCAUACAAUAUUUUUCAUUAUGUUUUUCAACAUAAUUUUAAUGUGUUUUAUAUGAUUCAUUGCCAGUGGAAUUGUGCAUCCCUGCUGAACAGGACAUACUGUAUGUGGAUUAUAGUCAAGUUUAGUUUGUAGUUAACCGUGGCUCAUCUGCUCUGCUCAAGCUGAAAAUGCUGCUUCUGCUGAAGGAACUUUGCUCUCCUUUCUGUUGAGACUUUUUGUACAUUGCACUUGGACUAUCAUUAUAUUGUUGUUAAGAAUUAAUCCUAUAUUAUUAAUAAUAAAGUGAUAGAUAUAUGUAUGUUAAAAGGCUAGUUAUGAUGUUACAUAUUUCUGUAAAAAGCCAACAAGUUAAAAUAUUACAAUAAAGAGGGAAAAGCAUAUCUUUGGAUCAAGUGAUGGGGUCAUUCAAGUCUUCAGCUUAUAGUCAAGACAAGCAUGAAAAUGUUGACACUGCCUCUCCCAGGAGUCCUUAUUUGCUUCUCCCAUUGUACUGCUACAGACUUUGUGUUGCACUGUGUGUCCUUACCUUCCAUUCUUGCCUGACAGUUCCUCCAGGAGCAGCUCCAGUUCCUGUGCUUCCAUCCCCAGCUGGGACAGAACUGACACUGUGUGGGGGCUUUUCCCACCUCCCAGCAAUUCAGUCCAUACAAGCACUUUGACA